AUGGCCAGAAAAUCAAUUAGAGGUCGCCGGAAAAUUCCGAUAAAGUGGAUUGAAGAUAGGGCUAAGCGUUCCGUAGCGUUCUCCAAGAGGAAAUCUGGAGUUUUGAAAAGGGAGAGUGAACUUUCUACUAUGUGUGGAAUUGAUAUGGCACUAAUUUUUUUCAAUGAAAGCGGAAAAGUCUUCUCUUAUGACAAUCCUACUUUAAAUAUCAUAUUAGAUUGCUUUUUAGGCUUAAAUCCCCAAACAGUGCUUAAUCCAGCAUCACGCAAAAUCAUUGAGACACAAAAGAUUUCCCGUAUUCAAGAGAUGGAAGCUAAAAUAAUGAAUGGUGAAGAAAUGCUCAAACUUGAGAAACAACGUGGGAAAACGUUAUCACUAGAUAUGACUAACCAUGCUGUGGAGAAAUGGUGGGAGCAGCCAAUCGAGUAA